GUGGGGUCGCAAACAGUCAGACAUGACUGAGCAACUGAACUGAACUGAACACUUUUUCAGAAAAGUAUAUGGCAAGCAGUGGAUUGAAGAAUGAAUCCAGGAAACACUUACUCUGCCUACAGUUGAGGAAUGAGAGGAAAAGGAGUCUUCCUUAGGAAUGUACCAAAAACAUUUAUUAGAAAGGAAGAAAGCUACAAUAGUAGUGUCAUUAGAACAAAUUGAUUUUACAAGAGGAUGGUUAAUAUCAAAUUGAUUUUACAAGAGGAUGGUUAAUAUCACAACAGAGUAUACAAAGGAAAUGAAAAUUUUUAAAAAGGCUGUUGGAUUUGACAAUAAUUUUGUGAUUUCGGUAUCAGUGAUUUGGGGAAGGAAGGGCAUUGGAAGCCAUUUUUUCUUGGGGACAAAGGAGAGUGAUGAACACGUAAAUAGUGGGUUUAAACUAUUUGGAAAAUCUGACAGUGAAAAAUAGAGGAGCAACAUCAUGAGUACAAUUUGGUCAAGAGAAAUUGUGUUUACAAGUUAGAGAAAGCCUUGUACGUGUGUGAUGGCCGAGUGGAACAUGCUAGUGGGACAGGAGACGCUGCAAGUUGUCAGAGCAUAAUUGAUGGAGCAAAGGGUUGGAAAGAGAUGACAACACAGGCGAGAAGAUUAGCUUUGUAAAGGAGGAGAGGCAAGCUUCCAACUGAUCCAGAGGGAAUGAAGUGAUCAUGAAGGAAGAACAGAAAGGGAAGGAUUAUUAAAGAAGAGGAUUGUAAAAAGGAACUUAGGUGAUGCUAUUCCAUUCUCUGUGAGUUUGAAUAGAGCAAACAUUUUGGUUUUUGAACUUUCUCUGAUUUAUGUAUUCCAGGAGCACUGAUGGAUAAAGUACCCAUCCAACAUAAUCUAAAGUUGAAGAGUGGCAUGGCAGAAAGUUAAAGGGCAAGGAGUAGACACCUGAUACUUUCUAUCAUUAGAAAAAUUUUAGUUCAAAGAAAAUACUGAUCAGAAUGCUCUAGUAUUGUUUAAAAAUGCAAUCAUUGUUUAAACCUUGUUUAGGGACACUAAAUAUUACUGUGUUAAAAAAAGCUUUGGUAUAUAAAUUUCAAAGUAUAUUUUAUAUUGAUAAAACUAUUAAUCUAAUUUUUAAUUGUUUAAAAUUUUGCUGCAUUUUUAAAAAAUGGAGGACUUUUCUCUAUGAGAAUAAUUAGAACUUGCAGAUUUUAAGCAACAGCAGUUCAACACAAGCUUAAGCAGUGAAGGAUAAAUUUAGAAGAAGGGAUUGAUUUAUUAGAUUAUGUAAAUGAGGAAUCCAGGUGGACCGAUUUCAGCGAUAACCUGAAUCCAGGAAACCUGGUGAUGAUGUCAAACAUUCUUUCUUCUGCUCCAUUCUGGUGUUUUCAACUGUGAUGUUCUCAUUUCCAAGCAGGGUUCUGCUCUGUAGUGAGCAUGUGGUUACUGGAAGCCUGUGGGCAGGAUCAUGGCUCACUAUUCAAAAAGUCCCCUUUGGUGGAACCCACAGGCGGAGAGGAAGCACAGGAUUCAUAAGAUGGCGGGCGGGAGAAUAUAUAAAAAACUGGAGGCCAAGAUAUUUCCUUUUGAAGACAGAUGGCUCAUUCAUAGGAUAUAAAGAGAAACCCCAAGAUGUGGAUUUACCUUAUCCCCUCAACAACUUUUCAGUAGCAAAAUGCCAGUUAAUGAAAACAGAACGACCAAAGCCAAACACAUUUAUUAUCAGAUGUCUCCAGUGGACCACUGUUAUAGAGAGAACAUUUCACGUAGAUACUCCAGAGGAAAGGGAAGAAUGGACAGAAGCUAUCCAGGCUGUAGCAGACAGACUCCAGAGGCAAGAAGAAGAGAGAAUGAAUUGUAGUCCAACUUCACAAAUUGAUAAUAUAGGAGAGGAAGAGAUGGAUGCUUCUACAACCCAUCAUAAAAGAAAGACAAUGAAUGAUUUUGACUAUUUGAAACUACUAGGUAAAGGCACUUUUGGGAAAGUUAUUUUGGUUCGAGAGAAGGCAAGUGGAAAAUAUUAUGCUAUGAAGAUUCUGAAGAAAGAAGUUAUUAUUGCCAAGGAUGAAGUGGCACACACUUUAACUGAAAGCAGAGUAUUAAAGAACACUAGACAUCCCUUUUUAACAUCCCUGAAAUAUUCCUUCCAGACAAAAGACCGUUUGUGUUUUGUGAUGGAAUAUGUUAAUGGGGGAGAGCUGUUUUUCCAUUUGUCGAGAGAGCGGGUGUUCUCCGAGGACCGCACACGUUUCUAUGGUGCAGAAAUUGUCUCUGCCUUGGACUAUCUACAUUCCGGAAAGAUUGUGUACCGUGAUCUCAAGUUGGAGAAUUUGAUGCUGGAUAAAGAUGGCCACAUAAAAAUCACAGAUUUUGGACUUUGCAAAGAAGGGAUCACUGAUGCAGCCACCAUGAAGACUUUCUGUGGUACACCAGAGUAUCUGGCACCAGAGGUAUUAGAGGAUAAUGACUAUGGCCGAGCCGUGGAUUGGUGGGGCCUUGGGGUUGUCAUGUAUGAAAUGAUGUGCGGGAGAUUACCUUUCUAUAACCAGGAUCAUGAGAAACUUUUUGAACUAAUUCUAAUGGAAGACAUUAAAUUUCCUCGAACACUCUCUUCAGAUGCAAAAUCAUUGCUUUCAGGGCUCUUGAUAAAGGAUCCAAAUAAACGCCUUGGUGGAGGACCAGAUGAUGCAAAAGAAAUUAUGAGACACAGUUUCUUUUCUGGAGUAAACUGGCAAGAUGUGUAUGAUAAAAAGCUUGUACCUCCUUUUAAGCCUCAAGUAACGUCUGAGACAGACACCAGAUAUUUUGAUGAAGAAUUUACAGCUCAGACUAUUACAAUAACACCGCCUGAAAAAUAUGAUGAGGACGGUAUGGACUGCAUGGACAAUGAGAGGCGGCCGCACUUCCCUCAGUUUUCCUACUCUGCAAGUGGACGAGAAUAAGUCUCUUUACUUCUGCUACUUCACUGUCAUCUUAGGUUUAUUACUGAAAAUGAUUCCUGGACAUCACAGCAGUCCUAACUCUUACAAAUGCAGGAGCACCUUCAGACAUCCCAGACCAGUCCAAGGUCUUCACCCCUCGCCGCCUUUCACACACAUGAGAAUACACAUAUACGCAGACACACUCGACAUUUUUGUUUUUGCAUGAAAUUGUAUCUCAGUCUAAGGUCUCAUGCUGUUGCUGCUACUGUCUUACUAUUAUAGCAACUUUAAGAGGUAAUUUUACAAUCUUUGAAAGUCAUGAGCCCACCAUUGUUCAUUUGUGCACCAACUGUCAUCUUUUGAUCUUUUAAUUUUUGUUUUUCCCUAACAGUGAAGGCUAAAUGAUUCUAGGUACAUCUUUUAACUUUCUAGACGAUAAAUCAAAAACUAAUUAGACUAAGAAGAUUUAGUUUUUAAUUCAGAACAAGCAACUGUGGAAGCGUGGUGAUGUGCAUAUGCAGAAUCCUAGUAAAGCAUAUCAGCUGAGUGCAUAAAAUAGGUAUGUAUCAGUAAGAUCCGGCUGGAAUUCAUUAGGAAGCAUUUGAGAGAAGGACUGAACAACUGUUAAGAUAGACAGAUACAUUUAUAAAUUUAAAUUCCUGUUCAGUACUGCAGAGGAAGCCUGGUGCUCCACGUGGAUGUCCAGAUUUCACAGGCUCUUAUUGGCAAAGGAACAUCCUUCUGCCAAGGAAGGAAGCGUGUGCACAGCAGAGUAGGUGACGUAAGGGUCUCCAAUAUGAUUUGCACCAGAGAGCAUUUUAUUUCCCCUGUGCUUGGAAACCUCUUCCCCUUCCUGAUAUUAUCACCUCUGAUGGCUGAAGAAUGUAGACAGGUGUAACGAUCCUGUUUUUCACCAAAAUCUGUACACCGAGGUGAACAGGUGUUCACCUCAUUUGUUUCGAUUUGUUUUACUUUCAGUUCUACGUGAAAUAGCUUUUUCUCAGAUGUUAAAACUUCGAAUGUCCUUUUAUGAUUUUGUUUAUAUUGCAGUAGUAUUUAUUUUUUAGUGAUGAGAACUGUAUGUCAUGUUAGCAAAUGCAGCUCCAACUUACGUAAAAUAGACUUACUGCAGUUUCUUUUGACCCAUGUGCAAAGAAUGUACACGCCAGUGAGACUCAUGCACUUUUUCUCCUGUGUAAAAAAAAUUUUUGAUGAGGCUCUGAAAUUGUACAUAUAGAUUAGAAUUUGGCUUUGGGAGAAGAGAUGCUGUCAUUCAACCCCUUGGUGCUAAAAUGAGAAAUCCUCAACUAUCUAUGCCAAGGGGUGGAAACAAAUGGAUGUUAUAUUUGCUGUUUUGAAGAAUUGAAAGGUUAUGAUGGCCUGGCAACAUAAUAUAAUGAAGAAAAUUGAGACCUGGAUGAUAAGAAAUGGACUUUAUUUUGCAAAAUGAACACAUCUCAAGUUAUUUACAAAGUGGGCAGUAAAGAAUAAGGACCUGGUGUGUUUAUUCUGAUCAUGGUACAUUUAUCACUGAAUUAAGCCAUCAGGGAGAAAAACAAAACAAAAAAGAACACCUCUGACUUUUCUUUUUCUGUAUAUACUCAUGUCCUCAAAUUCCAACAUUUCUCACUGAAAGGGGACAUGUAUGCAAACCUCAUCUUUCUCUUUCAUUAAUGAUGAUCUUCAGAUUAAACCCUUUGGUGCUAGGAGCUGACAUUUUCCAAAGCAACCUAUGAAGUCCAGGGGGCAGGGGGCCCUUGUUGUGGCAAGCUGGAGGCCUCCUGACUCCAUGGAGCCAUCGUGGAGAUGUAUUUUAGUUAAACUAUCUGACAGCUCCCAAAUGGAAGACUACAGCGUGCCGUAGUGUUAUGAUUGCAUUGUAUGAAAGAGCAAGUGACUUUCUAAGUGGGAUGAAUCAUAUUCAUAUGCAGAUGUCUUAGCCUCUUGACGCUGGAAGUGUGGGUUUAUAGACAUGAAACCACUGCUGGCGGUGGGUGGACCACUGGGACUGACAGGGGGUUAAAGGGCAUUUUACUAAGGCAGCUAAGACACAUUCAGACAUAGAUUUUAUCCUAAUUUUUCAUAUCUCUAUCUGAGUGAAGUUCAUCCUUAGUACUGAGUAGGAAGUUACAGUCAAUGGUAGUUCAUUCUUACUUACACAUAUAGCUCAACUUUUUUUUUUUCCACUUGGAAUUAUGUUGAAUGUUUCACUUUGACAAGGAAGUAGACUAGAAGGUAUGUCCUGUAAGUUGUCUUGCAUCCAUUAUAUAAAAAAGAAACAGGCAAGAGGAAGAGAGGAAAGCUGAGGCUGGCUGGCAUUCAGAGCAUUCAUUUCUGCAGAGGGAAAGUAUAAUACCAUACAUUAGCACACAGAUGGUUUUGGUUUUGGGUUGUUUGUUUUGUUUUUUUCCCCCCCAAAUCUUAAGGUGAUUUCCAUGACCUUGGCCAAGGACACUUCUAUGGAUUAAUGAUAGCAUUGACUGUGCCCCAGGCUGGCCACUCUGCACAGCCGCUCUCCGUCCCCAGCUGGUGCCUGGGGCACCCUCUGAGAUGCCGUUAGUGGCACACAAGGUGUUUUCUUGGCUUUGAUUUUGAGAAUCCCUUACUUUCAUUCCCUGAUCUCAGUCAGCUGACAUGGAAGAACAGAGAGAAACAGAAACUGCGUGUAGAAGAAGAUUCUAAAACUUCCCUCGUGUCUGCCCAUAGCUGAAGUUUUGGAUUCUGGCAGAUGGAAAGGCCUGAACCUGGAGUCACUCUUUGGAAUAGUGGGAGUUCAGGCUUUGCAGACUCAUUCCUGUACCGACUUUCACGAAGUCUGCCUCUUGGCCGUAAUGCAGCCAUCUUGGAGGAAAUUGGCCAUUUCUGCGUGGAUUUCUGGCAGGGCUGCUCAGAGCUUUGCUUUCCACACUAACUCCAUAGCAUUAUUCCAGUGUUUCCCAUUUCCCAUGCCCGAUCUCCAGCUCUCAAAGCUGACUGUUCUUGCAGGGGCCACUUGCUUCUCUUAGAGUCCAUAGUAAGGGCCUUCCUUACUAACUGCAGGGUCUUUCUAUUACACGUCAGUGUACACUUUGCUGCUACUGUUUGUACUGUCUACAGUAGAAUUUCCUUAUCUUGCUCCUGGUAGUGCAUUACAGGCAAGCAUGAAAUGUAAAGUAUUUAUUUAAAUAAAAAGAAAAACCUCUAAAUUGGUAAUUGAAUUACCUCCCUGUAGCUUUAUAGUUUGUGACAUUUCUUGACCUUGCUAGUUCUUUCAUUAGAUCCACACAAGAUCUAGUCAUCUGGUUAAGGAUUUUAAGCAGACGCAACUACGAACCCAAGAAACUGUAUUUACUCUUACUGUUGGUCAUACUAAAACUGUUUCUUUCCUUAAGUAUAUGACCCACAAGGAUGUGAAAUAACUACAAGAAACUGUUUUUGUACACUGUACAUCCUUAGUAUUUUUACACGUAUAUGAUAGGGACGCACAUUAUUUUCCUUCGUACAGACAGCUUAAAUAAAGCACUAUGUCAAUCUGCUACUUCUCUGUUUAUUGUCGUUGGAUGUGGUUCUGUAAUCUCAGAAAAUUAAAUAUCCUUCUUUUCUGAAAAGAUUUAAUAGGUCCACCUGGUAUUACUGCAUUCUAGGAAACAGGAAAGUAUGUAAAUUUCUUGUAGCUUGAAAAACACACAGGGUUAUUAUUUUACUACUUCAAUAAAAUGGCAAUAGUGCAACUGUACAAAAGGGCUGCUUCCAAAGGGGGGAUGCUGACUUCUCAGCAGUGGGUCUAGAAGAGAUCUGUGAAGCUGGAGAUUAAUCUUUUUGGAGAUUUGUUAAGCCCUAAUAGUCCUCACAUCAGGUGGUUUGAACCCAGAAUUCUUAAGGAGUGUAGCUCAUCAGCAGUGUCUUCCUGAUUAUGUGUUGCUCUGCAUACUUCCUUUCUUAAGAGUAUAUUUUUAAAACUUCAUGGCAGAUUAACCAACAUAGAAAUGGAUAAUAGAUGGGUAGGAUGGUUGGACUACAGUCUGAUUUACCUAGGGUCAUUUUGGAUGGGGCCUUUUUCUGAUUUUACCUCAUAAACCUACUAUUGAUGAAACUUGGCUUUGCUCCUGUGACUAAGCCAGAUAGAGGAACGGCUUUGGGACCAAAGCUGGUCAAGCAUGUAUGUGUGUGUCACGCAGCCAAACUGGAGGGCAUUCUAACACGUGCUCUUCUCUCAAAACCACUGGGGUUGACAGAUCCAGGAGGCUUACAUAAAGUGACCUCUAUAAUUCUUUAAAGGUGCUAUAUUUUUAGAAUAUUGUAUAAUUUAUUUACUGUCCCUGAAAUAGAAUUAGGGACAAUUAAUAUAUCUUAUGUGACAACCUUGAUGUCUAGCACAGUUGAUGAAAUCAAGAAAACUUCUGAAUCUGAAUAGAAGUUCUGUUCUUUCAGGCUUGAACCUUGUCCAUGCUCAAGAGACUCGGAUGGUCUUUGCAGGUGUAUCAUCCCACCGCCUCCGGAGCCUAGUCCGCAUCCAUCUGAGAGGCCAUGAUGGUGAUGUGAUGACGAUGAUGAUAGAUCUGUGCCAGGGAGAACGGCCCGAGGUUAGGGACUUGUCCCGACUGCAGCCUUGCCCUCAGUGUUCCUUGUCAUCCUCAAGGACAACAUAACACUUUCAGUGCCCAUUUGUAUUACUUUGAAGCAUUUGAGGGCUUAAUUGUGUAUAGUAGAAAUACUAUUUUAAACUAAAAUAAUGAUCUGUGUACAGAUGUUUGAUAGAACUUAAGUAAAUUUUGUAAUUUCACUGAGUACGUUUUUAGGCUCCUCUCAGUUACUCAUAUUGAAGGAAAAACAUGACACCACCAAGCCAAAGAUGCUUUUUGUCUGUUUUUGUCGUUAGCAGAGUGGAGAGGAUAAUGCUUAGUGCUUCCUGGUGUCUUCUGAUUGUGCACAAGUGAGCACGAUGAUAAACAGUGGAGUCUUAUGAGAUGCUGAUUACAAGUAAAUAAAGUUGAAGGAUAAUAUGUAUAGAUCACCCAGAGGGAAAGAAACAUGAAUGGUAGGAAAAAGGUUUGGUCCUUAAUACCCUUUAGCCUAGUUAAAAAAUAUGUGCCUUUUUUUGGUGUGUUUUUUUUCAUCACUACAAGAUAUAAAGGAAACAUUUCAAUUCGAGUCUUCAAAAAUUUCAUUUAUUGAAAUUCGUAUGUGUAACAGAGCAUACAAAUGAGCAGAUAUAAAAACAUAAUAACUUCAAGCCUUUUCUGAAAACAUACACCAGGAGGUCUCCUCAUCUAGUGUCAGACUUCAGCUCCAGCCCGUCCGUCCUGCAGGGACCGCUUGGCAAUGAAUGUGGCGAUGACGACGCAGCCCACCGCAGUCUGAGGUGGGGUCCAUUGGGAAGGUCGCGAUGCAUUGUGGCAUAUUACGUACAAAUCAGAUGAAUGUAAAUAUCUCUUUGUAAAUCAUUUAUUUCACUCUGUUUCAUCCAGGUCAGCAAUCAGAUUGUGGCAUGCUGGGUAACUGGAAAAAAAAUGAUAAUAAAAAGUAAGUUUAAAUAGA